CCCAAAAAAGUCUUCAAGUGGGUCAGGCGAAAUCUUAGGUCAGUGCACUCUCUUUCCCAGUUUUAGAUACCACAGUUCCUCAGUCCAUCAGCGAUCUUUAUCUAAGAAUGCGUUUUAUUUUAUUGCUGUGUUUUGUGGGGCUUGCCCUCGCUAGGCCACAGGAGGACGAUGUUGCAGCUUCUACUGAAGCUUCUGACCCCACAACUACUGAAGCUGCUGUAGCUGAAGCAGCUGUCAAGGAUGCUGAAUCAGACGCAGAUUCUACCACCACAACUGCUCCUGAGAGAGUGGGAUCUGAAUCCGGGUCUGAACAAAUAAAUCUUGCUGACACUUCCGAGUUCAAUGAUCUCUUAGAUGUUGUUGAAUCUGGACUUGACACCGAUGCACAGGGCAGAGCUUUGUUUGUAACUGUAUCUAUGAUUUCAACCUCAACCAUCCCCGCCGUCCCCCUAGAGGUCAUUCUGUGUUACUGA